AUGUACCGCCUGCACCUGCCGCGCGCAGUUGUCUUUGAUGAGCUGCACUUCGCCUCCUUCAUCGCCCACCAUCUCAACCGUCUCUUCGUCUUCGACAUCCACCCAUGGCUCGGCAAGCUCACUCUCGCCCUCUCCGCCUAUCUAGCUGGCUUCCCUUCGGACGUCCUGGACUUCCCGAUCGCCACGCCCUACCCGACGCACGCCUACCUCGCCCCGCGCCUCGUCGCCGCGCUAUUCGGCGCCGCCUGUGUCCCGCUCAUGUUCCUCAUCGCCCGCGCCCUCGGCAUGGCCCCCAUCUCCGCCACCCUCGCAGCCGCCUUCCAGCUGCUCGAUCUACUGCUGCUCACCGAGAGCCGCCUCAUCCUCGUCGACUCCCAGCUCAUGUGCUACAUUCAGCUCACUUUGCUCUGCGCCCUGCGCCUCUGGCGCCUGUCCCAUGCCCCGACCGUGUGGAAGAAGCGGACACCCCCGCCCGCCUACUUUCGCUAUCUCGCACUCACCGCCGUGUUCGCCGCCGCCGCGCUCUCGGUCAAGUGGACCGCGGCCGUCACCCCCUUCCUCGUCGCCGUCGUGUGUCUGUUUGGCCUGUGCUUCCCGCGCGAGCCCACCCCGCUGUCGCACUGCGCGCUCGCGGCCGCGCUGGCCCUGGGGUGCUACGCCCUUCCGUGGUGGCUGCAUCUGCGUCUGUCGACCCGCUCGUCGCCCACGGCCACGCGCAUGAGCGACCGCUUCCGCACCACGCUCACCGGCAACGCGUCGCUCCCGUACGACCCUAGCCACAACGUCACGUUUAGCGAAAAGUUGCUCGAGUUGCAUGUGCGCCAGUUCAAGACCAACCGCGGCAUCAAGACGAGGCAUCGAUGGGAGAGCAAGUGGUACGAGUGGCCGCUGAAUAUGCGCGGCAUAUACUAUUACGUCGAUAAGGCCGAGGGAUACACGGAGGACCGUCCCGUCGUGCGCGUCAUCUACUUGCUGCAGAACCCCGCCAGUGCCCUUUGGGUAGCGGCGGCCGUCGCACUGUUUGCACUCUUGCUGCCGUGCGUCCUGCGUUACAGGAACCGCAUCUCGGAGAAGCAUAGCAUGCACAGGGUGGUGAGCGUGGGUUGCUUUUUGCUAGCGGGCUAUGUUUUGAACCUUGUGCCAUACAUGUUCGUGGAGAGGUGCUCGUUCUUGUAUCAUUACUUGCCCGCGCUGAUGUACGGUCAGCUGCUCGCGGCGUUGCUCAUCGAUGCGCUGCCAAGGCGAGUGCGUGUAUCGCUUACGGUCGUUAUUAUCGCUACCUUGGUCGCAGCGUUUGUGUUUUGGGCUCCAUGGGUUUAUGCUUGGCCUAUCGACGGCGACGCGAUUACGAGGAGGCAGUGGAUGCCGCGCUGGAACUAA